CGCGGGCGGGAAGCGGCGGGGCUGCUCCGCCUCCCUUCGGCUCUCCGGCGGCGGUCGGCGCAGGACAAUGGAAGAGGCGGCAGCGGCGUUAGCAGCUGCGGCGACGGCGGCGGCGGGGGGCCCGUGCCCGGCGGACCGACCGGGGGCAGCGGCGGCGCUGAGCGGGGAGAACGAAGCCGAGAGCCGGCAGGGCCCGGCGGAGCGCGGCGGGGACGCGGCCCCGCUCAACCUGUUGGACACUUGCGGCGUGUGCGGGCAGCCCAUCCAGAGCCGGCAGCCGAAGCUGCUGCCGUGCCUGCACUCGGUGUGCCAGCGCUGCCUGCCGCCGCCGGACCGGUACCUGAUGCUGCCCCCCGUCCUGACCCCCGCGGCUGCCGCCGCCCUCAAGGAGCCGCCGCCGGCGGCGCCUCCCUCCUCGCCCGUCUCUUCGCAAGCCUCAGCGAUGCACUGCACGCCCAUCAGUGUUAUCCGCUGUCCAAUUUGUGGUCAGGACUGUGCAGAGAGACACAUCAUAGAUAACUUUUUUGUGAAGGAUACCACAGAGGUUCCCAGUAGCACAGUAGAGAAAUCAAAUCAGGUCUGCACAAGCUGUGAAGACAAUGCAGAAGCUCAUGGGUUUUGUGUGGAAUGUGUAGAAUGGUUGUGUAAGACCUGCAUCAGGGCUCACCAGAGGGUUAAAUUCACAAAAGAUCAUACUGUGAGGCAGAAAGAGGAAGUAUCUCCAGAGGCAGUUGGUGUGACCAGUCAGCGACCAGUGUUCUGCCCUUACCACAAAAAGGAGCAGCUGAAGCUGUACUGUGAGACCUGUGACAAGCUGACCUGCCGAGACUGUCAGCUACUAGAGCACAAAGAGCACAGGUACCAGUUUAUAGAAGAAGCUUUUCAGAACCAGAAAGUUAUCAUUGAGACACUAAUCACCAAAUUGAUGGAGAAGACUAAGUACAUAAAAUAUACAGGGAAACAGAUCCAUAACAGAAUUCUUGAAGUGAAUCAGAAUCAAAAGCAGGUGGAACAGGAUAUUAAAGUUGCCAUAUUUACACUGAUGGUAGAAAUAAAUAAAAAGGGAAAAGCUCUGCUGCAUCAGUUGGAGACUCUGGCAAAAGAGCAUAGGAUGAAACUUCUGCAGCAACAACAGGAAGUGGCAGGUCUCUCUAAACAGCUGGAACAUGUCAUGAAUUUUUCCAAAUGGGCAGUUUCCAGUGGGAGCAGCACAGCACUGCUGUACAGUAAACGUUUGAUUACAUAUCGACUACGGUAUCUCCUCCGAGCCAGGUGUGAUCCUUCCCCAGUGACUAACAACACCAUCCAGUUCCACUGUGAUCCUAGCUUCUGGGCUCAGAAUAUUUUCAAUCUAGGUUCUUUGGUAAUUGAAGAUAAGGAAACUCCACCACAUAUGCCCAAGAGCCCUGUGAUGGAAGCAAACUUACAGCCAGCAGGCAGCUUACCUCCCAACCAGCUCUCCAAGUUCCCCACGCAGAUCAGCUUAGCUCAGCUCCGCCUCCAGCACAUGCAGCAGCAGGUCCUGGCUCAGAGGCAGCAAGCUCAGCGCAGAGCAGGACCAGUAGUUCUUCCAAGCCCAAGAAUGCCAGGAGCCAUGCAACAACCUCCUGCUUCUCAUCAGGCACCUCCGCGCUUGAUUCAUUUUCAGAAUCAUAAUCCCAAGCCCAAUGGUUCAGCUCUUCCUGCACAACAGAUGAGAUAUCCCCAAAAUCAGAACCUACCAAGGCCAGCAGUGAAGCCCAACCCAUUGCAAAUGGCAUUCUUGGCACAGCAAGCUAUAAAACAGUGGCAGAUCAGUAGUGGACAAGCUUCAUCCACCCCUUCAACUGCAAGCAGCACAACAUCGACUCCAUCCAGCCCCACAGUCACCAGUGCUGCUGGGUGUGAUGGGAAGAAUUACGGUCCCCCUGUGAUAGAUUUGAGUUCCCCAGUGGGUAGCUCCUACUGUCUGCCAUCUCUCCCUGAUAUUGAUUGUUCAGGAAACAUCACACUGGAUAGUGCUGUAAGGAAGGAUGGCACUGCAGAGCAGAAUCAGCCAAAACCCCCUUCAAACAGGACUGUGCAGUCACCAAAUUCCUCAGUACCAUCACCAGGCCUCUCAGGAGGAAUCAGUGUGACAAACGUACACCCUCCAAUUCGCUCACCCAGUGCCUCCAGUGUUGGGAGCAGAGAGAGUUCUGGCUCCUCCAGCAGGCCACCAGGAGCUGACUCUACACACAAAGUCCCUGUUGUUAUGUUGGAGCCGAUCAGAAUUAAACAGGAGACAAGUGCAUCAAACGAGAACUUUGAUUUCCCAAUUGUUGUUGUGAAGGAAGAGAUGGAGGAGAAACCCCGGCCUCAGAAUUCCAUACUUACUUCCUUGCUGCUGGAUACCAGUCACAAUUCCACUUCUGAGGAAGCUAUGCUAAGAACAGAUGCACCAGACAGCACAGAUGACCAGCCAGGGGCAUUGCAGGAGAGCACAUUCCCUGGGCAAACAGGAUGGAUGGGAUCCUCCCACACUGGCGAGGGCAGAAAAGAGGAUGAUCCCAAUGAAGAUUGGUGUGCUGUGUGUCAAAACGGAGGGAAGCUCCUUUGCUGUGAGAAGUGUCCCAAAGUAUUCCAUCUUUCUUGUCAUGUCCCUACGCUGAUGAGCUUUCCAAGUGGAGAGUGGAUUUGUACAUUCUGUCGAGAUCUGUCCAAGCCAGAAGUUGAAUAUGACUGUGAUAGACCCACUCACAGCUCUGAAAAAAGAAAAUUGGAAGACACCGUGGGUUUGGCACCCAUAGACCGCAGGAAGUGUGAAAGACUGCUGCUAUACCUCUACUGUCAUGAAAUGAGUCCUGCCUUUCAGGAUCCAGUUCCUCCCACAGUCCCUGAUUACUACAAAAUAAUCAAGAAGCCCAUGGACUUGUCAACCAUCAAGAAAAGACUUGAAGUGACCAAUUCAUUCUACACAAAGCCAGAAGAUUUUGUGGCUGAUUUCAGACUGAUUUUCCACAACUGUGCUGAAUUUAAUGAGCCCAACUCAGAAGUGGCUGAUGCUGGCAUGAAACUCGAAGCCUACUUUGAAGAUCUUCUAAGGAACCUUUAUCCUGACAGGAAGUUCCCUGUACAGCCAAACAACCAGAGUGAAAAAGAUAAUCCAGAACUUACCGAUGACUCGGACGAUGACUUUGUACAGCCCCGGAAAAAACGCCUCAAAGGAGAAGACCGUCAGUUGCUUAAAUGAGCCACAUGUGUUACUACAGAAAAUUUUUUAAAAACAGAAUAUUUAUCACAGGUAUCGCUGUUUGGACUUGUAGGUUUGUGACCAUUUACUAGACUUUCUACCCCGUCUGAAACACAAAUCUAACGGAGAUCAAGGCAUGUGAAGAGCUUCUCUGAAGUUCAAACCUUUCAUCUCUUUUCUGGAGCACCUCAGAAAUUGCCGUUUGCGUGGGGUGACAGCUGUUUAACUUUGCUUUGAAGAAGUUUGUACAGAAUUGAACUUCAAAACACGACAUGAGUUCAACAUGUGGCUUUCUGAGUUUAAAGGAAAUGUAAUCUCACCAGACUUAAUUUUACCAAAGGCAUGUGGCUGGCCAUAAUUCGACCUCUCUGUACUGUAUUUAAUACAAGCCAUGAAAAAAGAUGGUGUAAUGCUAUUGUCCUGCAGUUCUGGUUGGUAUAAUGAGAGUGUAGUUGCCCUUAAAGAAGUAAAUGAUAAAUUUUAAAAGUAAGGGAGAGGAUAUUAAAAAUAACUUAAAAAAAAAAGAAGAAGAAUUUGUGUGAGUUUCUAGUGAAGGAAGGACAGAAUGUUUUGGUUUGCACCAUUUUUCUCACCACCAGCAGGAAACAAUGGUAUUUCUAUGCUAUUUUGUUCAACAGGUGAUUUAAGUGUGAUGUACCUCUGUUUAAUGAAGUUGGUGGGAAAGUCUUAAGUAGAAAAACGUUUGUUUACAAAACCAGUCAUUUUUGUGAAUUUUUAAAGAGGGGGAAAAAAGCAUCUUGGCUGCAGUCUCUCGUUCUUUUCCCACGCUUCUAAUGUCGGAGCACAAACAGUAUUCCCUUGGGUGUACACAGGUUUGAAGAGAAGGAUACUGCUCUUCAGCUCUCCCAUCUGUCCCUGACCACCAGAAAAUUGAGGAUGAAUUACCUUAUUUUAUUCCAUCUACUUUCCAGGAGCUCUGACAACAACCUUGGGAUUGUUUCUGCCCUUGGAGCACACCUCCAGUGGGACCCACCUGUGAAAGUUUUCCAUCAGUUCUGUGGUUCCAGCUGGCUCCCUGAAACACUCCAAACUUCAUCCAAACAAAACCUCACCUGACUCUAACCUUUUAUUUACAGGCCUCCCUGAGGGCAUUGCUUGGGGUUUCAUUUCUGGGGGGAAGAUCCCCCUGGCUUUAACGCUGCUGAGGGAUGAUGGCCCCAGGCUGGGAGGGAAGGGGUUUGGGGGGCUGGGACACACCUGGGGGUGUGCAGGAGCUCCGGGAGGUCGGCACCGGGAAUUGCUGCCUGAGCCCCUCCUCAAACGCACCGCGCUGACAUUCCCAGGUAAGGCCAGAUGUUCCAGCUGUUCCUCGGUAAUUCUGGGCUGCGGGCGGGGCCUGUCCGGGCUGAAGCAGCUCCGGAGCCUGUCAGAGCAGCCCCUGGCCGAGGAGCCACGGGCAGCCCUCGAUCCACGUCCAUCCCAGCGCUGCCCAUCCCCGGGAUGCGGGUGUGGCGGGACACUGAGGCACAGCUCCUCCCCUGCAAACACCGAGGGCAGGAGGUGCUGGGUCCCUUCCUGGGCUCCCGGCCUCCUCCUGCCCCGCAUUCCCAGCCAGCUGGGACCACUGAGGAAACACCAAGGAACAUUCCCACCUGGGAGUGGGAGUCACCAAGGGCUCCGUGCAGCUCCGGGCCAGGAAAGUGGCCCCAGCCCCAGCACCUGCAGGGAUUUUGGGCUGUGAACACUCACCUGCAGGAAACGCCCCUCUGCAGGUGGGACCAGCCCUGACACUCUCCUGAAGAACUCUGGCCACGGACCAAGUGAACCCUCAGGGCUUGUCCUGCUCAUUUCUCCUUGGAAAGGGACAUGGAAUGAGCACCUUUACAGCUGUUGGGUAAAUCCUGGAAAGGGCAGGAAACCAAGGUUAUUGAAGAGUCUGGUGCUGUCCUGUGAGACACCAGCCAGUCCUGCUCUAGAGCCAGUCUAGGGGCUGGUGUGCAGAGCAGGACUAGCAGGAAGGAAGGAGCCACAUUGACACAGGCAUUCCCUUGCUGGCAGCAGCCACCCCAUCCCAGGCAGGACCUUCCUCAUGAGCCUGAGGUUGCUCAGGUGCUUGGAGCAGGGUGCUGACAAGGCCAAGAUGCUGAAUUCAGUCCCCACGUGGGCCAAUCGCUCAUCACCGUUUGACUCGAUGAUCCUCGUGGCCCUUCCCAAAUCGGAACCUCCUGUGCUCUGAAAAUAAAGAACAAACACCUCUCA